UAGCAGCUUAGUGGAAGGAAGUCCAACGAGGCCGGGAAGCAAAGCGUUUGGUGGUGAGCAAAGGGCCAAGGGGGCUGGCGGAAGGACUCGCAACAAGGGGCAAAGGGGUGGCAUGUGGUACUGUGUCUUUAAGAAAGUGGAUAACGGCUGGUUUCCCUCCCGAUCUCUGUGGGUGAAGUUUGUCCAGGAUUUUAUUCUACCUUGGUCUUGUGAGUGUCCACAGAGUCAUCCUGUAGUUUGUGCAGGUCGGUAUCCUGCUUGCUUUUGCCCCCAGUGGGGAGAAUCAGUCUACCGAGGUGACCCACCAAGUGAGUACACCUAAGGGACCCACAGUCAUAUCAAGACAUUACAAAAAGAAGAUGAGGGGAAGUAGCAUAUGGGGCAGAGAUCUUGAGGGGAAGGAGGACAGAAGUGGAACGAAGGCCUAAUGAAAAGGCAUGACAACACCUCAGCCGGCCUAAGGGCAAAAGGUGCUGACAGAGGGACAGAGACACGAGCAGUGAUUUGUCAGGGAGGUUGUUGGAGAGGCAGAGGAAGGCGAUGGACCAGACACAGACAUCGGAGACAGUAUGAUUGAUACAUUGUGUAAAACCCAGCUUGUGGUGCCAGAUCUCCAAGCCCACAAUUCUAUCGGCAAACACCAUAAAUGCUUGACGUGUCUUUCUUUUGUUUGUUUGUGAUGGUCUGCCUUGGGAGGGGGACGUGAAUUGGAGUUAAUUUGUGGUGAAUCGGAGUCUUGAACUGGAGAGGCCAGGGGUGAAAACCCCACUCAGCAUGAAGCUCAGAAGAUGACCUCUUAGGACCAGCUAGCUCAUAAGUUUGUGGGAUGGGUAACAUAGGAUGAAUUCCCAUGUGUGCCCCCCUGAGCUUUUUGAAGGGAAAGUAGGCUACAUCAGUGAUGGCCUUUUGGCCACCAGGGUGGAAGUGAAGUGCUGGCCAAGCAUCACUGAAUAUCAGCUGCUGAGUCCUGUUGAAGAAAUGUGGGGGCCUGGACUCAGUGCCGGUUGCCAUAGUGCUUUGGCCCAGAGAGGCUCAGUGUCACAAAGGGCUGUGUGAACUGAAAUGCUGGAUGCUGGGAGUUGGUUGCUCUGUGGGUUGUAGGAGUGGCGUCGGGUUAGAAGUGAGAGUAGUGCUAGCUUGGCUAGUUUUUUCUUGAGAUAUGUCUUCUAGUGCAUACACUGAGUCUGAUGAAUUUGAUGAGGACCUCAUGUCCGCUAGCAGCAUGGGAGAAGAAGAGGCGGCUGCUCUUAUGAGAGACCUGGAGCAGUCCGUCAGUUUUUCCAUAGGUAUCCUCCCAGAAGGUUUGAGCGAGGAAAAGCUGGUAAUUGAACUCGCUUCUGUCCUCCUCGGCCUGACGAGUGAAGACCCAGAGAUCAAAUUGAAGGCUCUCCAGAACUUCUUCAGGAACCUCACAGGGGUCAAGGCUGAUACAACUGCACAGCUGCCUGAUGAGCUAACUGGGCGUUUGGUGGCAAUGACUUGCCUCUGUGCAUUAGAGGACAACAAAGAGAUCAGGCAGAUGGCGGCAGAAGACUUGUGCGAGCUCCUGCCCAUCCUGCGUCGUGGCGAACAGAGGCUGAUGUAUACACCUUGGGGCAAGGACAUGGUAAAACGAGCUCUCUCUGUCCUGGGACCAACUACUGAACCCAACCCUUCUUUCUUCAGUGGCAACUGCUACAACCUUGCAAUGGUCUUCAGUGCAUUCCUCUCCUCUGAGCAGCUCCUGGAGGUCAUGCACUUCUUGGGAGGGGAUCUGACCACUGAAGGCUCAUUUGACCUCGCAAACAUAUUCCACCUGCUGCGCGAGUUCAUAAAGCAGUUCAGCAGCAAGUCGAUGUGGUUGGAGGAACUUCUGGACCAAUUGUUCAUCCGGUUAAAGGACAGAGUCCCACAUGGACAAGACGUAGCCUUGCUAGCCUUCCCCAUCUUGGCAGUAGAUCAUCUUGAGGAGGUGGUGCUAUACCUCCUCAAACACCCUUUCAGCAAGUGCCAGGAGUACUGGCAGGCAAUAUUCAAUGCUGCUGACCACAGCCAGAUACUUGUUGAGGUGGCAAAAUGGAUGCCGGAGUGCAGCAGAGUUGCGACUCGUGCAGUCCGGGUCCUUAACUUAUUCCUUAAGUCUAAUGACAAGCAAGCCAUGAAGGAGAGGUUUCCACACCUCUUACUUGCUCUGCUGCAACAUAUCUAUGCACGGCUGGAGGAGAAUCUGGGUGUGAUAGAGAGCCUGGAAACUCUGUACCUCCUCCUUAGAACUGUUGGCAUAGAGGAGGAGAGUCUGGGGGAAUACCUGGAGUACUUUGGCAGGCCAGAAGGCUUCAGCUACGGACUGUCCAUUUUGGUGAGCAUACUCAUCGCUAAAGGUUCCUGGUCAACCCCAGCUUUGGCACAUUAUAUUGGAGCUCUUUUUGAAGGCAAACAAAAAACUCGCCUGCUUGAAAUAGCACUGGACAUCUACCUUGAGCUGUUCAUAAACCAGCACAUCGUGGAGGCCAACCAGGAGACGGUGGAUUUCAUCUUCAACUGUCUUGGCCAUGACAACGCUCAAGUACGGAAGCUAAGCCUCCAGGGGAUCGCUCUUCUGCUCAAUUCAGAAGUGGACCCUUGGACUAUAUCGGUGGCUCUCUUAAGCUCACUGGGAAUGGCAUGCAAGCCAGAUGUCAUUCCCGAGCUAAUGAUGCUGGUGGAAAUUGCCCUCCACAGUGUCAGUGGAGAGAGAGGAGAGGCCUAUAUGAGGAAGCUGGCAUCCGUCUACUGUGGCUACAUUGCCCACGAGAAAGCCAUGGUUCGAGCAGCAGCCAUUGAACAUCUUGGGAUGCUUCGGGCCAGGUUUGGGGAGCAAUGGCCUCCAUGUAUACCUGAGGAAGGCCUGUAUGAGCUUGUGAAUGUUUUGAUUCACUUGGAGGAUGAGGAUGAGGUGGCUGAGGCAACAAAGGCCACUCUGAAACAGCUGGUCCCAGAGGUGAGGUGGCGGGUAGACCCCAAAACCUAUAGCCUCCAUCGUGUGCUCCAUCAGGCGGCCAAAUAUGUGACAAAAAAGUACAAGAAGGAUCUGGUGCGUGGUGCUGCCUUCAGCUGCAUGCUUCCUUCCUCCAACAAUCUGCCAGCAGUCUCAAGGGUGGCAGCACUCUUUGUCGGACACCUUGCUCACAAGGAUGCAACCUUCAUCACGUUGGAGGAUAUGGGCUCUUACUGUACAUGGCUUGAAGGGAUGGCCGAGCAUAAUGAUGAAGAGGUGCGGCGUGCAGGAGAAAGCACCAUUUGUGCCAUGCAAAAAGCCGUUAAUGACCAUACUAAAGGGAGAGUCCACACACUAAAGAAAAGGUUUAUCCGGCAUGUGAAAAAAGAAAGAUGCCCCAAAGACUUCAAACACUCAGUGCCUGCUCGAAAAUCAUCAAAGUCAUCAUCCAAAGCUGUAAAAUCCAAAGCUGUAAGAGUGAUUUCGGAGGAGGAUGGCAGUGGGGUAGACCAUGCAGUGACAACAGUAGCUACCACAACUAUCACAACUUCUACUACAAGUCAACCUUCUAGUACAACAAGGCAGCCUUCUACUACAACCACGACAAAGCAGGCUUCUACUACAGUUACAAGGAAACAGCCUUCUACUACAACCACAGUGAAGAAACCUUCCACCACAACAAGGCAGUCUUCUACUAUGACCACCAUAAAGCAAACUCCUACUACAACCAAAGCUGUGGCAACUCCUAGUAUGACUGCAAUGCAGCUGCCUUCUACUGCUGUUACAACGUCAGCUUCUACUAUGACUACAACAAGGCUGCCUUCAACUAUGACCACAACAAGAGAGCCUUCUACAACUGCAAAUCAACCUGACACGGAGCGUACAACCAAAGGAAAUAAAAGUAUUGAAUCAACUUCUUUGAAGACCAUAUUAUCCAAACCCCUUCUCCCCAAUCCAAAAAAGUAACCACAUCCUUCAGCAUUACUACCACAAAACCAUUGAGGCCAAAUACUAGCUUGCCACCUCACACUUCUUCAAGUAUUAGUAAUAUACUGACUUCUACUGUGGCUAAAGUCACAGGUAUGGCUGCUAUGAAAACCACAACUACUCCAGCUAAAGGGACAACAACAAUAUCCAAAAGAGACACUACUACUGUAGCUAUGGAAGCAACUUCAACAGCCGACAGAGACACAACCAAUGCAAACAGCCAGGCUGUAACAAGAAUGGAAAAAAGUGAAGCAACAAAUGAAAUUGAUAAAAGUGAUAUCACAGCUGCAAAUAAAGAGACUACAAUAAUAGACACUAAAGACACAAAUAGUAAUUUAGGCACUGCAAGUCCAAUACAGACAGCAGAUAUUACAACCACAGGGACUCUAAUAACUGAUAAAUCCGAUGCAACUGCAGAUUCCAAAGAAGCAACCACUGCAGAUAAGGAAACAACAUCUGUGGAAAGAAGAGAAUCAACAGCCAUUAAUCAGGAGCCAGGUAUGGAUGAUAAAAAAGACAGUAGUACUGUUGAUGCCACAGUCAUCACUUCAGCUGAUAGAGAAAAGGCAACUACACCUCUCACAGAUACAACUACAAGUAUUGAGAAAGAGAUUAAAGAGUCAACCGCAGAGCAUAAUCAAGAGACAGAAAACUCUAAAGAGAGAUCUGUUACCAGAAUCAAAGAAAAAAUGACAGUUGGUGAAAUGGAAACUUCAGAAAAUCAAAAAGAUUCUAGUGCAACUGCUGUUAAUGAGGGGAUGCCAACUGAAUUGCUGCCAACCGUAGCCGAUAGCUCAAAAAAAGAGACCAUGACUCCAUCAAGCCCAAAUUCUAGAGAUACUACAAACACAAUAGAAUCAGCAAUUACAUCUCGGACCAUCAGAGAAAUUGAUCAAACUCAGGAACCAACGAACAAGCCAGAGCAACUUGUAACUCUAGAUAAUUCAGAUCUCAUUCCUGAUGUUCUGCUAAGAGGUACACCUCAGCCUGAGGUUGAUUUUGGAAGUGUGAGACCAGAACAGAGUAGUACAGUGACAGAGACAAUAAUAGAGACUGAUCCAACAAGAGACACAGCCAAUCCUGAUGGUGAUGAUAAAAAUUACAAACCAGAAAGUAGUACUACAGUCAGAGCAUCAACAAUGACACAGACUGAGCCAACAAGCAACACAGACAGGCUUGAUGGCAGUUAUACAAAUGACAAGCCAGGAAGUAGCACAACAGUCACAGAGACAAGAGUAACACAGACUGAUCCAACAAAUGAUGCAUGCAGACUUGGCAGUGAUAGUAACACACCAGAAGGGACAUCUUCUAUACACAGAGUAUAACACAGUCAGAUCCAACAAGUAGCACAUCAAGCCCUGACAGUGAUGUUAAAAAUGACAUACCAAAGGCAACUACUACAAUCGCAGAGACAAUAAUACAGACUGAUCUCUCAAGUGACAUACCUACUCCUGAUGGUGAUGAUAAAAAUAAAAAAUCAGGAAGCAGCACUACAGCAGUACUCACAGAGACAACAACAACAACACAGACUGAUGGAGAUGAUAAAAGUGACAAGCCAGAAGGAACUACUAUAGUUGCAAAGACAAAAAUACAGACUGAUCUCCCAAGUGACACAUUUACUCCUGAUGAUGCUGAUAAAAACCAAAAGCCAGAAAGCAGUACCAUAGUCAUGGGGACAACACCAACUGAUCUAGGUGACACAUCCAAUCCUGAGGACACUAACAAAAGUGACAAACCAGAAGGGACUACUAGAGUCACAGAAACAACACAGACUGAUCCAGGUGACACAACCAAUCCUGAUGGUGGUAAUAAAAGUGACAAAUCAGAAAGGACUACUACAGUCACAGAGACAAUCAUAACAGAGACUGAUCCAGAAAAUGGCACACCUAGCCCUGUUGGUGAUGAUAAAAGUGACAGGCCAGAAGGGACUACCACAGUCACAGAGAGAAGCAUAACAGAGACUGAUCCAGCAAAUGACACACCUAGCCCUGUUGGUGACGAUAAAAGUGUCAGGCCAGAAGGGACUACCACAGUCACAGAGACAAUCAUAACAGAGACCUGCCCUGAAAGUGAUUACAAAAAUGACAGACCUGCAGAGACCACAACAGUCAAAGAGACAGUAAUAACAGAAACAAUAAUAACAGACACUGAUCUAAGAAGUGGUACACCCAAACCUGAAAGUAAUGAUAAAAAUGACAGACCUGAAGGGACCACAACAGUUACAGAGACGAUAACCAU